UCGUCUCGGUAGCGACAAGAUGCUUUCUUCUCCAAGGAAAGGAUUUUUAGCUUACAUUUGGCUAGGUUGAGUUGCGCUCCUGCAUGAUGACAGGUUCGUAGUUGCAGUGAAGUGCCGAGAGCGGUGUCGUCCGGAAGAGCUGGAUAGGGAACUCGAGCCGUUAGCUACCCAGGUCAUGAAGCCUGGAGAAUUCGCCGCUGUGGAUUGCUGCACCUAGAUAUGAUUAGAUUCAUCACCACGUUCCAUCUUAUCAGAUUCCUUGUCUUUCAUUGCUUUGAUGCAUUCACGCCGCACCCUUCAGGAUGGCAUCCGAAGCUCCCUCAGUAGAAUCCCGUUCCCUCUCCCUUCUCAUAGGUCCAUCCGACCCACCCCUCCUCUCCCUAACCCUCGCCUCCCUCCUUGACCUCCAAGCUCUCCGGUUCGCAUCUUCUGAGUUUCUCGUCUUCCCGUGGACAGGCGCAAGAUGGAGUUUCGAACGACUGAGAGCGGAGAGCGUGGCCCUAGCAAAAGGGUUAGUAGCUCUAGGAGUGCGGAGAGGAGAUCGGGUUGGUGUCAUGGCUGGGGAUAGUGAGGAGUUCGCCGCAUUAGUAUUCGCGUGCGGGCGAAUAGGAGCGAUUCUAGUGUUAUUUGGGAGGGGAGGGAAGGAGGCAGAGGUUAGGGCUGGUCUAGAGUUUGUUGAAUGCAAAAUCUUUCUUACUACGCAAAGAAUCGGGAAGCAUAUCGAUAAUACUGAACUGCUUCAGCUGCUGCAUGAGGAUCCUCCAAAGAGGCUUGAAGAAGUGAUGUUGCUACGCGGUCAUCUGGCUCCAUUCCGCGACUAUGGCGCGCUGAUAGAUGCUGGGUUGGAGGUUUCUUUGGAGACGAUACUGGAGCUGAGUGUGCUAGUGAGACCGGAAGAUGUCUGCAACUUGCAGUUCACGAGUGGAACGACCGGCCGGCCGAAGGCAGCUAUGUUGACACAUUACUCCGUGACCAACAACGCCCGAUUCAUCGGCUCCCGUAUGGCCCUCACUCCCUCUGACACCCUCUGCUGCCCACCACCGCUCUUCCACUGCUUCGGCCUCGUAUUAGGCAUGCUGGCCGCCCUCUCACACGGGACCAAGAUCGUGUACCCUUCGGAAGUCUUCGACCCCUCCGCCUGCGUCGCCGCGCUCAUAGAAGAAGACUGCACAGCACUCCACGGCGUUCCAGCAAUGUUCGACGCCGUCUUCGACGUUCUCCCCGAAGGCUUCGCCAGUGGACGCCUACGAACGGGUAUCGUAGCUGGCGCGCCGGUACCACGAGCGAUUGUGGAAGGACUGCUGGGAACUUUGGGAAUGCGUGAGUUUACGAGCAGUUAUGGGCUGACUGAGGCGUCGCCAACGUGCUUCAAUGCUUUCUACGACGACCCACUCGCGCACAGGCUGAAUACAGUCGGUACACUGAUGCCGCACGCAACGGCGAAGAUCGUGGAUCGUGAUGGGAAAACAGUCCCGGUUGGUGUGCGCGGAGAGCUCUGCAUUGCUGGGUAUCAGCUGCAAGCGGGUUACUGGCGCGAUCCGGAGAAGACAGCAGAGACGAUGAUGCUAGACGAGGACGGUACAGUAUGGCUGCGGACAGGCGAUGAGGCUGUGUUCGAUGAGAGUGGUGGAUGUAAGAUCACUGGCCGAUUCAAGGACAUUAUCAUCCGAGGUGGUGAAAACAUCUACCCUAUCGAGAUCGAAGAGCGGCUAGCAGCUCAUCCCGCUAUCGCCCGCGCAGUAGUAGUCGGCCUCAAGCACCGCAAGUAUGGUGAAGUCGUUGGUGCAUUUCUGCUAGCUAGGGAUGAUGAUCGACCCAGCGACGAAGCGAUCAGGGAGUGGACCUUGAUGAAACUUGGUCGGCAUAAGACUCCGGCCCACAUCUUCUGGUUCGGUCGCGACGGAGUCCCGCUCGAGAUUCCGCUGACUGGGAGUGGAAAGGUGAGAAAGUUCGAGAUUGCACAGAUAGGGGAAGCUUUACUGGCGCGGGGAGGUCCGAAAUUGUAAAUAUGGGUGUGGAAUUAUGUGAAUAUGUGAGUUGAUAUCUUUAGAUAACGGAAGAGGGCCUUGAAAGAGGGUGGGUAGGGAGUGCGCAAGCUUGAAAACUACUUUUCGUCAAUACAUCUUGACUUUUGUGGACUU